AUGGUUAUUUCCAUCGAGUGGCGCUUCGACAACAACGACAAGAGGGCGGACCGAUAUCUCUAUCCAAUCGAGUUCGCAGAGCAACGAGAUCUCUCAUGCCUCGAGCUUCCGCUUCGUCUAAACGGUACGGUAUCUCGCGAGCGUUUCGGGCCUGACUUCUCGACCGGACUUGCCGAGUAUCGAAGGCUCCCGUCUUCCGGCGACUUGAGCCUCACCCGACGGAACGCUUUCGUGGAGCAGCCGCCGAUUGCUGACCAAGCGUUCAUGCCAAACAUGCCCAAGUCAGUCUCUGGCUAUAAGGUGGAUCUCAUCGCGUCGCACUCUCCGUCGCCAGGCCCCUCUUCUCCAGCGGCACCGACUCUGCUCUCUUCAUCGUCGCCAUCAGUCACACCAAGCUCGGGCUUAGCUGCUAUCGUCACCACAACCACCACCACCCAUUCUCAGCAUCCACGUCGGCUCCCUCGAUCCUCUCUCCCUGCCCUCAAGCGUCCUUCUCCUCUUGCCCUUCCCACUACUCGGUCUCGUCCGCGUGCUCGGCAGGCGGAGUCUGGAUCAAGCCAAAUUACGCCACCGUCGCCAGCCACUCCGUACCAUAGUCUCAAACGGUCGGAUCACUACGACUGGAGUCCCAUCUUACUCCUCACUCCGCCAAAUUCCUCGCGCAGUAGCGAGCAUAGGUCAUCGUCUUCGCCGCACGGCGAGGCAGACUCGAGUACUCGCUUUCCCAUUCCUUCUUUCUACUUCGACGACUGCCGCUGUGAACGGAGCCGGAUCUGGCCCACCUCACCAACUCUUUCGACUUGCAGAGCAAAGAAGGCUUUGCAGCUUCAGCCUACCCCUUUGCCCUUGCUGACCUCCGCAAAAGAGCAAAAUACAUUCGAUCGUUCAGCUCCGACCAGGUUGUCAUCCGAAAUGGUCUCGCACGAUGCCUCACAGUUCCCUUCGCGGACGCCUCCGGAGUCCGCACAUGGUGGAAUGUCUCCUACAACACACAACAUAGAUAGCCCAGUAGCCACGAGUGAAGAAUCGCACAAGAUGAAGCCCCCUUCCAAGCCACGGGCGCUGACGCUCGGCAGCAUCGAUCGACCCGUCUUGCCUCCGCUCGUUGGCGGCACCUCUCCAAGUCACCUUGGUCCCAUCCGUAGUUUUGCUUCCGCUUUUCGCAAGGGAACCGAGUACCGCAACAAUCCCUACUUUAUCUUCAACCCAGCUCGGAGGUCAAAUGACUACUUCACCCUUCCUGUGUCUCCUUCGCGCAUCGACACUAGAGCCUCUUCUCCUUUCCAGACACCAACGAGCUCCAUCCGCUCCACGUCCAGCGAGUUCGAGAUUGAAGACAUCAGAAUUUUGAGCAGGGCAACGAGCCACGCAAGCUUCGUACCACCCUCUUCUCGAUCGGAACUGUCGUCGCUAGUUGUUCGUCCCAUACUUCCAUGCCUUGGCACCGCGAUCGACAGCGAAGGAUCAACAGAGGAGAGAUCGAGAAGCUCGCGUUUGCCUUCAUCUCAUCUCGCUACACCCGACAACGCUCUCGGGCUCUUCCUGGAACCAACGCCCUUCCCAUCGGAGCCCUUGCACCUCGAAUUGGGAUCGAUCCAACCUCGUCGCCUGUCGCCUGGCACCGAGGCCGACUUUUACUUGGGUCAAGCCGGCGGCAGCGUCAACUUCCUUGACACAAGCGGAAGGAACAAGCAACACGUGCUGACACGUUCGCCAGCCUUCUUGUCCGAUGCAUCCUCCCGCGUUCCUUCGCUCUCCCCUAACAGCGACGACUCCCUGCACAAACUCUCCUUGGCUCGUCGUCACAACCUCAAUGAACGAGGUGCGGAGACAUCUCUCGUUCUGCCAUCGCUCAAGACUGACUACGAUGCUGGUGCACACCCUCUAGCCGAUGUUUCGGCUGCUAGGGUACAAACAAAGUCCGGUCUCCCGCAAGACAGCUUCAUCUACAAGAUGCCGGUCCUCCGUGCUAUGUCGCCCCUUGCGGAAAGCAGCAGCGACAGCGAAGACCCAGUGUCAGAUGAGCCUCUCGCUGUCCCAUCUUCUUUGACCAGUCCAUCAGUCUUGGCGUCUUCGACGGAGAAGGAGCCGCGGGAACUGUCUGUUCCGCAGGAAGGACGUACCGGCGAGAUCUUUGUCACCAUGAAGUCGCUUCUUCCUCUCACAAGCAAGCAGAGUCGCAGCAGCACCAUCGAUCAGCUCUUUUGCAAGCUCGAGUCGACCUCGCAUAAGUGUUUCAGCGUUGUCGAUGGAAAAUGGGCUUGCUAUCGUCGAAACUAUCUCAAGGUAGAUGUGUCCUUUCACUUUGAGGACGAACAAGGCCGGAGCCGAGACACAGUGGAAGGUGACCUCAUCUGUCAAGCCGGCAGUCCGUCAGCUUUCGUCGUCGACCGCUUCGCGGUCCAUCUGACCGCUCAUGUCAUCAAUAGCGACGGACGAAUCCAGAAAGGCCGUCAGGGUUUUGUCCCCCUGAUCCAAUUCGGACCUGCUCGCGAGAGAGGACCGCGAGAGGCUGUCCAGCCCGUCGAGCUGCGCAGCGGCGGUGGCAUCAGCAAGGACGCCUCGGUCAACGAGCAAACCGCCACAAGGUCCGGCUCCGUAGCUGCUUUUCGAAGAGUGCAGAUCCGCUCGGCCACGAUGAACAACGGACAGCGCGGUGCAGCUAGCCAGCAAUUCUAUGCUCUCAAGUUGACGUUGCUGGCGUACCCGAAGCAGAGCGCUCUGACGGCAAGCGCCGGCGUGGAAGUGGCAAGCCUGACAAGCCACCCGAUCACUGUCAGAGGCCGCUCCAAGGUGCACUACGCAGUGGCUCCUACCGCCACAGCGAACUCGGAAGCCCGCACCGUUGUGAACGCCGUCUCGCACAUCAAUGCUGCCAUGCCCACGACCACUCGAAUCCGCACGAAGCACAAAGGCUAUACCCGCAGUGGCGGAGAAUCAGCCGAACAUCGACGCAGCAGGCGUCUGCAGUACGACGACGCGCCCAUUGAUGUGAACGAGGUUGCAGACAUGAUGCAGGACGCGGACGACGAGGGGGAAGCGCGAGAUCUGCCCUAUCCAUACGUUGCCUCGCGAAGAAUCAGCAAGGUGAUGGACAUUCGCAGCAUCAUCUGA